CAACAUGGCCGCCAGUAGGAGUACAUUUGGAAAUUUCUCGUCGCGAGUACUUCAAUUCUAUAGAGAAUCUCAUGGAUUGAGAGUUCCCGUCUGUAAUCUCUCAACAAGUCAAGUUUGCAAAAAGAAAACACCUCAUACAGUUGGUGUCCCUGCGUGGGCAAAAGCUGGAUUAAGAAGAAAGAAUGUUUUAUUAGAAAUGAAGAAACCAAAAUCGGAGAAACAGAUCCAAGCAGAAUUUAACCUGGAAAAUGACACAACAGAACUCAACUUGUAUACUACGACAAGAAGAGGUCCUCUCUUCGAGAACACUGCGGAUACAGAGAGUCGAAUAGAAAAAGCAAAGAUAACAAUGUCAGCUGAUAAGACCAUGUUCGUUUGCUACCAUCCUGCCAAACCAUUUCCUCUACAGUUUUCAAAGGACAUAGGUUAUCAUGUGUGGUGGCACCAGGAUACCGACUACACUGAAAACUAUCGAGAUCAUUUGACAAAGGAAGAGACCGCAGAGGUAAAAAAGCUCCGUGCAGAAGAUCCCAAGCUGUGGACAGUGAUUGCUCUGAGUCGAAUGUUGGAAGUAAAACCUUUGGCAAUACUGUUGGCCGCUCCUCUUACGGAUGAACAGAAGUUUGAACUUGAAGUGGAACGAAAGCUUUUAAACGAAUGGACCCUUUCAAAACGGAAAAUAUACCGAGCUAACCAGGAAUUGGAAAGACUGCGUUACUAUCAGGAAACUAGAGCGAACUCUCCUGAAAACGAAGAAAAGACUAUCAAGAGCGAAUCUGAAGAUGUUGCCUCUGAAAAUAGAGCCGUGAGUGGAAGUUAAGAAUAAGCGACAAAAAAAAAAAAACAUGCCGUCAUGCACUUAAGAGAGUGACGUUGUGUGAAAAGUUCUGCCGCUGGCAUUAGAACGGUGGUUUAUUAUUUGGCUGAAGAAAUAAGAUUUAACAUCCUCGAUCUCCAACUAAAUGAAUGACGAAAGAAACUGUGUCAAAUUAUGUCUUUGACGAGUGAUGUAUUUUCGACGAUGUUUGAUGCACAUUCUGACCCACUUCACUUCAACCCAAUGUCAUAAAAAAUAAACGCCAUUAUCUUUAAA